GGCCCGAGGGUGUCGGCUCCCCCGCCGUGGCCGGCCGGUGGGAGCCGAGCCGGAGAUCUAAGCCGGCGGACGGGGCAGGGCUGCGGGGUGCCUGCCGCCUUCCCGGCGGGGGCGGCUGUGACCGCCGGCGUCCUGCGGAGCGGCUAGACCGCCGCGAUGUCCGCCGAGCUUCCCGGCGGGCAGCCCUCGUGGGCUUGCCUGGGGGCAAUCCCCCCUGCCCGCAGCGCAGGAGGGACUUCCGCGUUUGCCCGUGGUCGGAAGUAGAAAUUAGGCUAAUGAGGCAUUUUAACAGAGGGGAGACUCCCUGACUUGCCACUGCUAAUUAGGGCCGCGGUUGUUUUGGCUUCUUUUUUUUUCUUUUUUCCCCAAUCUCUGUCAAUACUUCAGCGAUAGGGUAUCUAAGGAACCGAUUUAGCAAGUCGUCUCAGAGUCUGUCGAUGAAAAGUCUUAAUUACUUCUGGACGAGAUGGGUGUUUGAAACAGUGCGUGGGAAACCGUAAUGCGCAAGGGAAUAGUACGCGUGCAAAAUUAGAACCAAAAUUAAUGGAAUGCAAAACUACAUCAACUAUUCUCGUGGUACUUCAGAAAUGCGUACAUUUUUUUUUAAAAAUAAAAAAGUUUAUGAAUAAUGUAAACAAACAGAACCUACACAAUGCAAAUAGUGAAAACCAUUUGAAUACGUGUGCCUUGUGCUUGAGAGGAAGUAGUGGGAAGUUCUUUUUCUCCUGAUUUGUAAAUGGAAUAAAAGACAGGUAUUUGACUUUUGCUGCAACGGUUCAUAGUUCUGUACUGUCGAGGUUAUGAACUCCGUUUCAGCCGAUAAAUACUUAAGUUCUGACAGGUAAACUCUUGGGGGGGGGGGGAAUUGGCCGUUAUCCUUAACAGUUGCCUAUCAUCAAAAAUAACAUGUUUGAACCCCUAAAAGUUUUAAAGACUUGUAAUGAAAUACUUACAGAGACUCACUCUUGGGAUCCCCAAUCUAAUCUAUAGUCUAGGAAUCUCAGUGCUCUUUCUAAUAAACUUUCAGUUUAAUUUUGAACAAGGGAAUUUCUUUAGAACAGUAUUUAGACAAUCUGUAUGUAAUAAAUAUGCUAUAAGUUGUAAUAAGACCUGUAAUUCUAAGAGUUAAUUUCAUGAAAGUUUAGUUAAAAAAAAAAAACCAAAACAAAAACAAAAAAACAGCUCCCCCCCUCCAAAUUGUAGCAAAUCUUCAGACACAACGAAGAGCACACAGACCCGGUUUUAUAAUGCCGUAUGUUUUACCACUGGGAGCACCUUGAUUUGGGUUAAGUUUUGUUGAAUGCUGGUAGAGCUGGCUUGUGUUUAACACUUUGAUUCUUCCACUGAAACCUGUAGCACAGCCUUAUUUUUUUCAGUUCUGUCCCCCUGCUAAAUUAUUCAGAUGGUGGGUUAUCUGUGCUGUGGUGGGCUGUUCUGUGUAUCUGCGUGAAAUGUCUUUGAAUCAUACCAGGCUGACUAGUGCAGUACAAAAGCAGUUGUACUUCUUCCUAGAAUAGCUGAGCUCAGUGUGUGACUCUUCUGCUCACAUACACAUGGGGCUGAGGAGUCCUGCGGGGUUUGAGUAGGCUCCACCUAGAUGCUCAAGUCAUCUAGAAUGAGCUUGGGUCCUAUUUCUGGCUAAUGCUGAUCCCAAGGGAGUCAAGCUCUGUGCGAGUCAACAGUGCUCUAGGAAGGCUCUGUGAGUUUGAAUGGUAUAGUCCCUUUUUCUCUUCUAACUAGUGUUGGAUAACAGAGACUUGAUUCUGUGUCAGUGAAGCAUCACAGUAGUUAUUUAAACCACAGUAGCUAAAGUUAGUGAUCUAAAUUUGUUUUGAUUUGACUUUUUAGGUAAGAUGCAGGUUGAUGUGCUGUAUCUUUAUCUAUGUAAUCACGUACCUUAAUGCUUUUUGCUGUGUUAGCAACUAUUGAAGGAUGGCCAUCUUUAUGUGGGAAUAGAUGCCUGUUUUAGCAGGUAUGUGAUUUAUAGCCAAGAAAAGAGCAAAACUGCUGUCACAAUAAGAGAUCUAUAAAUUGAGACCCCUAAAGGUUUCUGAUUUAGUUGCACAAAAAAAAAAAAGUGUUUAAUUUUUUACUGGAGAUUUCUAUCAAGUUGCACUUGGAUAGAAAUUGGAAUUUAAGAAGAUAAAGCAGUGUUGUUAUGUUGACCAGAACUACUCUUAGUAAGUUUUAUUAAUCUAUUUUUUCUGUAGUUAGUUUAAUUUACAACAAAUGAAAUAAUAAACAAGAAUAGUACCCAUUGUAAUCAACUGAUUGUUUUUCUUUCCAGGAAUCAAAUCUUUCAAAGCUGUUAAAACACCUAGAGAUGUUGAUAGGAAGCUAUAUGCAUUUCUUCCCUCUCCCUCCAAAGGCUGGAUAAGCUUUGACGGUGCCAACGUACUCCUAAAUCCGGUUAGGUCUCUCUCAGAAGGCACAGAUAAGAGUCCAGGGAAUGGAACCGUCCAUGUAAUAUGCAGUUGAGCAGAUAUCCAGGUUCCUGUUCCACACCCACCCCAAUGGUAUCAGAAUGUCUUCCAGACUUCUUGCCGAUAAAAAAUAUUAGAAAACAAGACUAGCAUCUGUCAAAUGGGGCUCCCUCUCCAUUUCUCUCUACACACCUUUCCUUUGGGGGGAGAAGAAGAGGAGAAUAGCAUGAAAAGUGCAAAAUGUUUCAAAUUCCUGUUCAAAAUCUUGAUAAUAUCAGGAAGGCUCGAAAAAAGGUGAAGGGCAUUCUUGUGGAUCUUGGGCUUGACAGCUGCAGGGAAUUGUUGAAGAAUCUUAAAAGUUUUGACCCAGGUGAAAAAUACUUUUGUAACACUUCAUGGAGUGAUGUCUCUCCUUGGGAGUCUGUGGGCAAAAGGAAGAGAUACAGAACAAAGCCGUACUGCUGUAGCUUAUGCAAGUUCUCGUCAAAAUUGCUUACUUCAUUCAAGAAUCACUUGCACCGUUACCACGAGGAUGAAAUGGACCAAGAGCUGGUGGUUCCUUGCCCAAAAUGUGCAUUUGCUUCUGAUCCCAAAAUAGUGGGAAAACAUAUCCGGAUGUUUCAUUCAUCUAAUAAAAGAAUACAGAACUAUACAGUCAGCAUUUUGGAUGGCAUGAAACAAUUCAGGAGUGACAUCAUAAACUUUACAUGUCUAAAAUGUCACUUUACAGACACAUUGUAUUACAAUAUGAAGAAACAUGUGCUGAUGAACCAUUUUCAAAACUUAAUAAGUAUAUAUUUUGGCCAGAAACCUCAUGAAAGUAAAGAGAAUUCUAUUGAGCACUACUGUAAAAAAUGUAAUGCUUCUGCAAACAGCCAAGAUUCUUUAAUGUAUCAUGUCUUGACAGCUGAAACACACCGAGACCUGGAGAACAAACUUAGGUCUGUGAUUUCAGAACAUAUUAAGAAACCAGGACUCGUGAAACAAAUGCAUAUUGCUCCAAAGCCUCCCCAAGGUGUGGCAGUGGCUGCUCCAUCUGCAGGGCCUGUCGCUGCCCCAGCAGGUUCCGUCACAGCUCCAGCUUGCGUCCAGCUUGCAUUUCCACAGAAUAAUCAAACCCAGAGUGCGGUGCAGCCAACAGCAGUUCAAACCCAGGGUGUUGGGCAGCCAACAGCAGUUCAAACCCAGGGUGUUGGGCAGUCAACAGCAGUUCAAACGCCAGGUGUCGUGCAGCCAACAGGAGUUCAAAACCAGGCUGUUGUGCAGCCAACAGGAGUUCAAACCCAGGGUGUUGUGCAGCCAACAGCAGUUCAAAAUACAGUCAGAUCACUGACUGUUCCAAGUGCCUCUGGUAGCCUUCCAUAUGCAACUUCUGCUCCGGUUGUUACCCCAUCGCAUGUUACUCUGGUAUCUAGUAAUCUUCCUGUAGGUCAGAAUAACCUUAAUAUUCAGCCAUCACCUUCCCAGCCUAUCAUUGUUUCCCACAGGCUCCCCCUUAAUCAGCCUGUGAGGGCUGGAGCUAUUCCUCUUAAUCAUUCUGUUGGGACCAUAAACAGAACUGUGGCCCCUGCAGUUCUUCCUCUUAAUCAACCUGUCAGGCCUGGGCUCUUUCCUAUUAAUCAACCCAUUGGUACUAUAAGUGGUCCAGUUGCAGCUGCAACGCUACCUGUAACUCAACCUGUCAGCCCUGUGAAUCGACCGGUUGCACCAGGAGUCCUCCCUGUGAAUCGACCGGUUGCGCCAGGAGUUCUUUCCGUCAGCCAGUCGCUUGGGAAUGUGACUAGACCCAUUGGUCCCAGGGUCCUUCCUGUGGCGCAGACAGUUGCGUCGGGCGUUCUCCAGUUUAACCAGCCUGUUGCCUCGGGGGUUGUUCCUGUCAGACAGCCUGUCAGACCGGGCUUUCUUCAGUUUAAUCAACCUGUUGCCCCAGCAGUUAUCCCGGUAAAUCAGCCAGUUCAACCUGCAGUUUCUCAAAACACAACUUUUUUGACUGCGGGUUCUAUACUUAGGCAGUUGAUUCCAACCGGUAAGCAGGUUAAUGGGAUACCUACGUACACGCUUGCCCCAGUUUCAGUUACUCUGCCUGUACCUCCUGGUGGUGGAGUAGCAACCGUUACGCCACCACACGUGCCCAUCCAACUAAUGCAGCCUGGGACAGUAACUCAGUUGUCGCAGUCACCGGCUAGCGCACCCUCUCCUCCAGUGGUUUUAACGUCUCAGAAUAUAGCAUUACAAGCCUCCCCGCCUGGUCCCGAAACGAGUCAGGCUAUCAGGCAGGCUAAGCAGUGGAAGACUUGCCCUGUUUGCAAUGAGCUUUUCCCGUCAAAUGUCUACCAGGUGCACAUGGAGGUGGCCCACAAACAUGGUGAAGUAAAAAUGGAGGAAGCGCUGGAACCUGACAAACUUGCAGCUUGCGCACCCUUUCUAAGGUGGAUGACAGAAAAGACGGUCCGGUGUUUCUCCUGUAAAUGUUUUCUCUGUGAGGAAGAGCUCAUGAAACAUCUCUUGAUGCAUGGCUUAGCUUGCUUGUUUUGCACAGUUACUUUCCAUGACUUAAAAAGCCUCGUGGAGCACAAUAAAACUACACACAAUGGGAAAAAGCAGUUACAUGCGGAUUAUAGCAACAGAGGAUUUCAACUAGGUAAUGAUGCUCAGGGUGACCUUGUAUUUCCACACUUUGAUUUCAGUACAGCGUUACCAAAAGAAGACAUCGGUGAAAGAGAAGUACAUUUGGCAGUGCUUGCUGGACUAAAUUCAAGGACACUUGUGCCUGUUUACAUCAAAGUGAAACCUCAGACAGCAGAAGUGAACAAUAGGUGCAACAAAAAAGUGUUAACCUGUCCCUUUUGCUUUGGUACGUUUGUUAGUAAAGAAAUCUAUGAAAUGCAUUUGAAAGAGCGGCAUCAUAUAAUGCCAACUGUACAUACAAUUUUAAAGUCUCCUGCUUUCAAGUGCAUCCACUGUUGUGGUGUGUACACUGGAAAUAUGACUCUAACAGCUAUUGCUGUACAUUUGCUCCGUUGUAGAAGUGCUCCCAAAGACAGCAACUCAAGCGUGAAGAUGCAGCUUGAGCGUACUGAGAAGAAAGAGCUACUGUUUGUGAAUGGUGAAAAGCAUGACUCUGUGUUACUGAAAAGAAAGCAAUCGGAUUCCUGCUUUGUUGCAGAAGACCAAAGGAAUAAGGAACAGCAGCCUCUGAGCUUAAGUACUGGCAUAGCUCUAGCUCCAGAAAAAGAAGUGAAUUCAGGGGUAGUGCCUUUCAAACGACAAAAGAUUAAUACUAGAACUGAGAUGAAGAAGCUUCCUUCGAGUGAGGAUCUUCGCAUUCUAGCAGUAGAUCCUAAACAGUAUGAUCACAAUUCGUAUGAGGCUCAAAAACAGUUUUUGACAGACUACUUUCACGAGAGGCCAUAUCCUUCUAAAAAAGAGAUGGAAUUACUUUCUUCGCUGCUAUAUGCGUGGAAAAUUGAUGUUGCAACAUUCUUUGGAAAAAGGAGGAAUAUAUGCUUAAAGGCGAUAAAUAGUCACAAACCAUCUGUGCUGCUGGGUUUCAGUAUGUCUGAACUAAAAAAUAUUAAGCACAGUUUGAAUAUAAAAGAUGAACCAUUAGAUAUGUAAACAAGCUUUUUAUAACAGCUGAAAGCAAUCCAUAAUUGCAUACUUAUCGAUUUAGCAGUUUAUUGUAUUACUUGUUUUAACUUGCAGACUGGCCUGUUGAAGGGUGCAGUAGUACAAAAAGUCUCGUUCAGUUGUGACUGUUAUUGUGAAAGGCACACAUAGUUGUGUAUUUGAAAAAGCUAAAACCUUCAGACUUACACAUCUGGAAUUUGUUUUAGCUUUUUACUUUUUCUGGAGUAGUGGGGUUUUUUGGGUUUUUUUGUUCCGUUUCCCUUUCUUCCCCUCCAGGCUCCCAUUACACUUUUUAUACCACCAUGGAAAACAUUUGUCCUGUUAAAACCAAAUUUUAUUUUAUUUUUCUGCAAUGUCAUCAUCUUUUCUAAACAAUAAAAUGUGUAAUAUUGGUUAAAAUACUGAGGUAAACUACGUGAAAAACAUCUAUUUGAUUAUUUGUGUUUUUAAGUCCUCCUAAUUUUUUUAACCUAUUUUUGUUCUAUCUACUCAAGAAGUGAUUGUAGCCUUUACAGCCAUCGCCCCUUCAAAUUCCCAAUGCACUGGUAGCAAUAAAAUACAUGGCAAUCUCUUUUUUUUUUUUUCUUAGUCAAAAUACCUGUGCCAGUUAACUCUGGUGACUUGUAGUAUCUAACUAGUGUUAACAUGGUGGGGAUUGAGGGGCUUGGGGUGCCUAUUGAAGUGUUACAAUUAACUGACUUCAAAUGGUUGUGUUAUUACCUGUUAAAUAGAUCUUGCUAACCAGAAGUGUUUACUCUUUUUGUUGGUGUUGAAGCCUGGUUGUUUAAAUACCUGUUGUUAAAAGCUUGGUAGCAGCUUCUGGUUUCUUUUUCAAAAAGCAAAACUGCUUUGGAGAGUGUCAGAUUGUUUUGAUACAUGGAGUAUAUGACUUCUGUGCACAUCACUUAUCUGUAGAAGCCCUAUCCAAAUAUCACCCAAGUUUGGUAAAAAAUCUGAUCUUUAUUUUAAAUUGCUGUUGGGUGAGGUAGUAACUGAGCAGCGCCUCCUCCCCAGCAAAUUAGAUACAUGGCUUGAAGUCCUUUGAGUCAGAAAUUGUACAGGCUGAAACUGGAUGAAUUGGUAACAUCAAGACUUUAAACUGUUGAGUACCUGAACCAAUGAUACUCAUGUAGUGAUUGUUUUUAAUUGUCCUAUAGAGAGCAUAAGAAUAUUAUAAAACCCAAGUAGACUAUCUGGUUCAAUAUGAGCUAGCAUCUCUAUUACAGAUUACAGAAAAGCUGUUGGGAAAGUUCACCGAGUUGAACAAACUAUAGUACUGGUGGCCACAUUGAGGCCCUGUUUAGUACUGUCCGUCCUUUCUGGAUAUGCUUUGUUUCAUCUGGCUUGUCAAACAGUGCCUCUGAUAUUCAUUAAUAGCCAGCUAUAUAAUAAAUAACCUAUAAUAUGCAUUAUUUUUUCUUCCUCCUCUUCAUCCCCCUCUCCCCACCCUUCUUUCCCAGAAAUAAAAAAAAAAAAAGAGCAGGCUCUUCUGUCAGUUCACUUGUGCCAGUGUUACAAGGAAAGGGUGAUAUGCCCAAGCUUAUUUCUAUUUUUUUAGGUAGUAAGCAUACUUUUGCCUUGUGCAAUAGUUUUUAAAGCAGAUACAGAAUGUUUUUUGUGCCGUUUCUAAAAGGGCGUGACGUUUUUAGCAGAAUUUGGUGACUGUCCACCUGAGGUUCUGUAAGCUGUUUGAAAUUCUAUUUUGGAUACAAUCUUGAUAUUUUCAUAUUGAUCACUUCAAAGAAUUUUAAUGUAUAUGUAACAUACAGUUACUUAAACUGAGAGAAUCUGCUAUUUGGAAAAACCUAGUCAUUUAAUAGCAGUGUUGAACAAAGAUAAGUACCAUUUAUGGGAUUGUCUGCACGCCCCACCCCAAAGAGUGACAGUAAGAAGCAGUGUGUUCUUAUGGCCUAAUAAUAGCUCAUUAAAAAUAAAAAAAAUGAUAUUUGGGCAUAGCACAGUUCAUGAACCAGUUGGAAGGGCUCUGAGUGGGCAAGAGGGAUGCUCUAUAGAAGUUCUGAAAUCUAGGCACUCAUUUUCACUCUUAAAACCUCGAUACUGUGAGCCCUGUCAUCUCUGGGGUAGUUCUGCUGGUAUUGGUGAAACUCCAGCAGGGAGGAAUUUGGCAGCGUGCACCUGGGGAAGGCUUGCCAUGAACGGUUAAAGAUUGUUCUUGAGAUAACAGCAUGGCUCGGAGUGGGGAGCUGGGAAGUCAUUUCAGGGUUCAUCCAUGCUUGGGGCACCAAGGGAGCAGUCCAGUCUUACCAGAGUUUUCCUACAUAGUGUCCAGUGUUGAUGUUGAGCAUUUUAUUUAUUGGACUUUGAUUUCACAGUUUCAAAUAAACCAGCUUUCUAACUUUC